CACCAAGCAACACAGAAUGUCCAGGAACAACAUCAAACAAGUGUGGGCUCUGCUCCUGGUCUUGUUGUGUGUUGAACUGCACGGCGGUGGCACGUUGAGCGCGGCGCCGAUCUGUUCCCAAGGCCAGGCAGGGUGCCACGUCCCCUCCCUGGCGGACCUCUUUGACCGGGUCAUUCAACACAGUGCCAGGAUGCACAGCAUCUCCAGUGACCUGCACUCUGAAUUCGAGCAAUACUUUGUGCCCAACAAAAACCACAUUGGCAGGAUAAACCACAACUGCCACACAUCCACCAUAUUAACCCCAAAUGGGAAACAGAAUGCACAGAGACUGGCGAGGGAGGAGCUGACAGAGGUGAUUCUGAAGCUGCUGGUGGCGUGGAGGGACCCCCUUUGGCACUUCCACCAGAGCAUGGCCCACCAGGAUGACUUCAACAACUUCAGCUCCAACAAAGCCCUGGAGAUGAGCGACAUGGUGCUCGACCUCCACAGGGGAGUGGAGAAGGUGGCCGAUAGGCUGCAGAAUCUGGGCAUGAUCAGUAACUCCCUGAACGGCAGGUCCUCUCCCGAGGCCAUGGUGCCGUGGUCAGACACCAGCGGAGAGUCCAGGGCCAUUAGCGACCACAACCUUCUCUACUGCUUCAAAAGGGACUCCAACAAGGUCCAGAACUACUUGAAGAUUUUGAAGUGCAGGAUCGUACCGGAGAAUGGAUGCUAACUGGCCGAGACAAGACGAGAGUGUGGUGUGGUAGAUGAUGAUAGUUGGGCCGAUCAAAGAUAUGGGACACAGCGUGAAUGGACUGCCAAUAAGAUGGAUAAUUUAACUGAGAAUGCAGGACUUUACUCCAGCCGGUCUUGAAGAGUUUUGCCUGACAACUGACCUUAACUUCCACCAAUGACAAUUUCCUUAUGUCAUCUUUAUUUUUUCAUAGUAUGUAGGUUCUUGAUAAUGAAACUUGAAUUUGCUCUCAGAGUUCAGGGGUCAAAACCUGUGUAGAAUAUCACCUUUAUGUUUAUAGCCGAUAUACAUAUUUUUUGCUAGAAUUAUACAUUUUUAAGGAGAAGGGCUGUACUAAGUUAUUGUUUUGUUUUUCAAGUAUGAGACCAACAUGCCAACAUGCUUUAAAAUAAACUAAUAGUGACAGCAAAACUCAGAACUACAAA